UCACCAACAGUUCAUAGGAAGAUGGGACAAUUAAUCAGUGGCGCCCUAAUCCGAGUAAUUAAACAAACCAAAACCCAUUAUUACUGUAUUUAAAGUGAAGCUUUUUUGCUCUUUGAGACUUCGAAAAACUCAAGAAAAUUGUUGCCCAAAGACACCAACUUUUUAGAGCCUGAAAUCCCUCCAAACAAAAAACAGAAGUGAUGAAAACAUACCAGACAUAAGAAAUGGCCACCAUUAAUGGAGUUUAAAUGAACUCCACUUGAGUUUCACCACCACCACCACCACCAGCGCCACCACCUGCACCCCGCUCACGGCGGAGCUGAGACUCCGGUAAGAAGCAAAAAACCACCCUGCUUUUCUUAUGCAUUUGCAUUCAUUCACCAACAUGGGCUGAUUGACGGUGUUUCUUCACAUGCAUGGAUUGAUUUUCAAUACCACCACAUUAUGUGCAUUUGAAGCAUACCCCACCACCACCCUCCGACGCCACCGCCGCCGUACUUUUUUCGCCCCGUUUCUUGAUUUUCUGACGGUUCAAAAUGGAUACAAUAAAAACAUGUUCUUUUCCCACCUACAAAACCACAUUUCUCUUCAUCUUUGCCCUCUGUCUUGCCUUAAGUUUCACUGCAUUUCAAGAAGUGCAUUGUCUCUCUUCCGACGGAGAAGCCCUUUUGUCCCUCCUCUCAUCAGCCGACCCUUAUUACAAGAACUCAUCGGCCGUUCUCUCUUCGUGGGACCCGUCGAACGAAACCCCAUGUUCAUGGCAGGGCAUCACUUGUUCUCCACAAGAAAGGGUUAUUUCACUCUCAAUACCAAACACAUUUCUCAACCUUUCCUCACUCCCAUCACAGCUCUCUUCACUUACCUCUCUCCAGCUUCUCAACCUUUCCUCCACCAAUAUCUCCGGUCCGAUUUCCCCUUCCUUCGGCUCGCUGACUCAGCUUCGCCUUUUGGACUUGUCUUCGAACUCUCUUUCGGGGCCUAUUCCACUUGAACUAGGCAAACUCACUCUGCUCCAGUUCCUUUUCUUGAACUCAAACAGAUUGAGUGGUUCAAUCCCACAGCAGCUAGCCAAUCUUGAUUCAAUCCAAGUCCUCUGCCUCCAAGACAAUCUCCUUAACGGGUCGAUUCCAUUGCAAAUAGGCUCGUUAAUUUCGCUGCAGCAGUUAAGAAUCGGUGGGAAUCCAUAUCUAACCGGUGAAAUCCCACCUCAGUUGGGACAAUUAACGAAUCUAACAACAUUUGGUGCUGCGGCCACUGGUUUAUCCGGUGCUAUCCCUCCCACAUUCGGAAAUUUGAUCAAUCUCCAAACGUUGGCUCUUUACGACACCGAGUUAUCCGGUUCGAUUCCACACGAAUUAGGGUUUUGUUCGGAGUUGAGGAACCUGUAUCUGCACAUGAACAAGCUCACUGGUGCAAUCCCUUCCGAUUUAGGGAAGCUGCAGAAGCUAACUAGCAUGCUUCUGUGGGGGAAUUCUCUCUCCGGCGAAAUUCCAGCUGAGCUUUCCAACUGCUCUUCCCUAGUUGUGCUCGAUGUGUCGGCCAAUGAUUUGUCUGGCGAAAUCCCAGGUGAUUUAGGGAAGCUAGAGGUUCUCGAGCAGCUUCAUUUGUCCGACAAUGCACUCACUGGUUCAAUCCCAUGGCUUCUGAGCAACUGCACGAGUUUGAUUGCUCUUCAGCUUGAUAAGAACCAGUUAUCUGGUCCAAUCCCAGGGCAAAUUGGUCAAUUGAAGUACUUGCAGAGUUUUCUCCUGUGGGGAAAUUCUGUCUCAGGGACCAUUCCAUCUACAUUUGGGAACUGUACAGAACUGUAUGCGCUUGAUCUCUCGCGGAACAAGCUCACUGGAUCAAUUCCCGAAGAAGUAUUUAGUUUAAAGAAGCUGAGCAAGCUGUUGCUAAUGGGUAAUUCAUUAACCGGUGGACUAUCACGAAAUGUAGCCAAAUGCCAAUCUCUCGUGAGGCUAAGGCUCGGUGAGAAUCAACUCUCUGGCCAAAUUCCUAAAGAAAUCGGACACCUCCAGAAUCUCGUGUUUCUUGAUUUGUACAUGAAUCAUUUCUCUGGAGGCUUGCCAGGUGAAAUUAGUAAUAUCUCGGUUCUUGAAUUUUUGGACGUGCAUAAUAAUUACAUCACCGGAGAUAUACCAUUUGAAUUGGGAGCGCUAGUUAAUUUGGAGCAGCUCGACCUUAGUCAAAAUAGCUUCGCCGGUGAAAUUCCAUGGAGUUUCGGUAAUUUUACUUACCUGAAUAAGCUAAUCUUGAAUAAUAACCUUCUCAGCGGCGAAAUCCCAAAGUCGAUUAGGUACUUACAGAAAAUAACUCUCCUUGAUUUGAGCUUCAAUGGUCUUUCCGGUUUUAUUCCACCUGAAAUCGGUUACUUGACGAGCUUGACAAUUAGUUUGGAUUUGAAAUCGAACAAUUUCAGCGGCGAAAUCCCAGAGAAAAUAUCCGGUUUGACGCAGCUGCAGUCGUUGGAUCUCUCGUUAAAUAUGCUUUACGGGAGGAUCUCUGUUUUAAGUGUUCUCACAAGUCUCACUUACCUCAAUGUUUCUUGUAAUAACUUCUCCGGUCCAAUACCUGUAACACCAUUUUUCAGAACUCUAACACCAAAUUCUUUCAUCAACAAUCCUCACCUUUGUGAAUCUCUCGAUGGCUCCACUUGUUCUUCUCGGUUAUUGGGAAAAAACGGGUUGAAAUCUGCCAAAACCAUAGCAUUAGUCACUCUAAUUCUGGUUUCUGUAAUAAUGGCGGUAGUUGCCACCUGGAUUCUUGUGGCAAGAAAUCCCAACUACACGAUCAAGAAAUCGGGAUUUCCGAGCUCGUCCACAGAAGAGGAUUUCUCCUAUCCAUGGACUUUCAUUCCAUUUCAGAAACUCGGCUUCACAGUAGACAACAUCUUGAACUGCUUGAGAGAUGAAAAUAUAAUCGGAAAGGGAUUUUCGGGGGUGGUUUAUAAAGCGGAGAUGCCAAACGGAGAAACAAUUGCGGUUAAAAAGCUAUGGAAAACGAAGAAAGACGAAGAAGAACCAAUCGAUUCCUUCGCCGCCGAAAUUCAAAUUCUCGGGCAUAUCAGGCACAGGAAUAUAGUGAAACUACUCGGGUAUUGUUCGAACAAGACAGUGAAGCUUCUUCUAUACAACUACAUUCCGAAUGGAAAUCUCCAGCAGCUCCUGCAGAACAGCAGAAGCUUGGAUUGGGAAACGAGGUAUAAAAUAGCCGUUGGAUCGGCUCAAGGCCUAGCUUAUCUCCACCACGAUUGCUUGCCCACAAUUCUCCACAGAGAUGUCAAGUGCAAUAAUAUUCUAUUGGAUUCGAAAUACGAGGCUUACCUAGCAGAUUUUGGACUGGCGAAGCUGAUGAAUUCUCCGGUGAAUUAUCAACAAGCAAUGUCGAGAGUGGCGGGGUCGUACGGAUACAUUGCACCAGAGUAUGGGUACACAGCGAAUAUAACGGAGAAGAGCGAUGUGUACAGCUACGGCGUCGUAUUGUUAGAGAUACUGAGCGGGCGGAGUGCGGUGGAGCCGCAGAUAGGGGAAGGGAUGCAUAUCGUGGAGUGGGUGAAGAAGAAAAUGGGGAGCUUUGAGCCGGCGGUGACGGUGCUCGAUACGAAGCUUAGGGGUUUGCCGGAUCAAUUGGUGCAGGAGAUGCUGCAGACGCUAGGGAUUGCGAUGUUCUGCGUGAAUAAUUCGCCGUCGGAACGGCCGACGAUGAAGGAGGUGGUGGCGCUUUUGAUGGAGGUGAAGAGUCCGUCGCCGGAGGAAUCGGGGAAAACUUGUCAGCCUCUUAUGAAAUAAGCCCCCGGGGUAUCAGAGAUUAUUAUUUUUUUUUUCCUUUUCUUUUUUUAGUGUUGAGGGAAUUUAGUAGUUUUUUUUUUUAUUAAACUCUUUUUUUAUCUUUGGGAAUUUCUUUGUACAGCUUUAGCUACAUUUUUCUGCCUUAUUAGUGUCAGUUCAUUUAGCAA